CAAUCCUGCGUGUGUGUGUGUUGCGUGUGUCUGGACGGCGAAAUAUUUAGCUAACGGUAUUUAAAACACAGUUUUGGUACAAACCUAGGUGCUAUAAAUAAUUUGUCGGUUGUGACUUGUUUUCUGAAGAAUGUAUGGAGAUCAUUCGAAUGGUAUUUGAUCUGCUUGGGCGAUAAGUGCGCGGCGACUGUCAUCCACAGAAGUUUACAGCGAGCGAUCAGCGCGUGUAUUAAAAAGUGUCGCGCGAAAAUACAUGACGUAAGAGCGUCCAGGAAUACAGUUUUGCGUGAUAAUUAAACAGUUUGAAUUCGCUGGAUCCAGUGUUGCGUGCAUGAGGAUUUCUGAUGUAGCUCCCAGUUUUUAUGUAGGCAUGAAUUGUCUGGAGUGUUUUAGGAGGAUGUAAGCAUGAUAUUUCAUCUAUCAGUCGCAAGGAUCCGAUUUAUGAACGUUUUCAACUGUUGAUUGAAUAACCAGAGAACCUUAAUAGGGACAUCAUGGAACUUUUUUGGAUAGUUUUCUUCAUUUUUGACAUUAUUCUCAUGGCAGACUGUGCUAGAGGUCCUCCACGUGUAGCAGAGAAGGUAGCUCACCGUCAGACCGUCAGAAUUGGGCGCACCAUGAAACUUCAGUGUCCUGUGGAGGGCGAUCCACCACCCCUCAUCAUGUGGACCAAAGAUGGACGAAACAUCCACAGUGGUUGGAUGCGCUUCAGGGUCCUUCAGCAAGCUCUCCGUAUCAAAGAGGUGGAGGCAGAGGAUGCUGGGACAUUCAUUUGUAAAGCCACCAAUGGUUUUGGCAGUGUCAACAUUAACUACACCCUCAUUGUCAUUGAUGACUCCAGUGCUGGGAGGGUAGGUGCCAGACCAGCUGGUGAAACCGAGUACUCGACUGACCUGACGGGAAAACUGGUGCGGCCCCGCUUCACACAGCCGGCCAAAAUGAGAAAGCGUGUGAUCGCCCGGCCAGUGGGGAGCUCAGUAAGGCUCAAGUGCACCGCUAGCGGCAACCCCAGACCUGACAUCGUCUGGCUGAAAGACAGCAGGCCUCUGACGCCCGAGGAGGUGGGCGAAGGCCGAAAGAAGAAGUGGACUCUCAGUCUGAAGAAUCUUACACCUGAGCACAGCGGCAAGUACACGUGUCAUGUGUCCAACCGUGCUGGGGAGAUCAACGCCACCUAUAAAGUGGAAGUCAUCCAGCGCACAAAUUCCAAGCCCAUCUUGACAGGAACUCAUCCAGUAAACACUACAGUAGACUACGGUGGCACCACAUCUUUCCAGUGUAAAGUACGCAGUGACGUCAAGCCAGUUAUCCAGUGGCUAAAGAGGGUCGAACCAGGAGGUGAGAGCAAAUACAACUCCACCAUUGAGGUCGGAGACCAUCGCUUCGUUGUGUUGCCCACGGGUGAUGUGUGGUCACGACCAGACGGCUCCUAUUUGAACAAGCUACUUAUCACUCGAGCCAAGGAGGAGGACGCUGGCAUGUACAUCUGCCUUGGGGCCAAUACCAUGGGCUACAGCUUCCGCAGUGCCUUCCUUACUGUUCUUCCUGACCCAAAGCCGCCAUUCUCCCCGAUCCCGUCUGUUCUGCCUCCCAGCCUUCCUUGGCCUGUCAUUAUCGGCAUCCCGGCAGGAGUGAUCUUCAUUCUGGGCACCAUCCUGCUCUGGUUCUGCCAGUCCAAAAAGCAUUGUUCCUCAGGAGCCAUAAUCUCAGCCCAGACCUUACCCAAUGGCCACCGGCAGCCACCUAGAGAGCGGGCGCUCGCGGCUGCCGAUAAAGACUGCAUCGGCUCUGUCACCUACGAGGAGUAUUUGGCUCAACAGCAACAACAACAGCUUCUGCUGGCCCAAGCUGCUCCCAAAGUCUAUCCAAAGAUCUAUUCAGACAUUCACACACACACCCACUCACACGUGGACGGCAAAAUUCACCAGCACCAACACAUCCACUACCAAUGUUAGCCUUCAUACUUACAGUACUCUGGUUCAUUCUUCACAUAUCUCUUCAGUCUCUGACCAAACAUUUUGUCACCAAAAUAGGGCAGCAUUUUGGCCAGAAUGGGCAAGGGCUUUCUCAAACAAACAUUUCUGCUGAAAACCUAGUGAAUGGAAAGACAAUUGAGCCACGUUGUUGCAGUCUAACCAGUCCCUCGCUCUGAAUACCGCAAGCAUAAAGACAUUAUGAACAGUAGGGUGGAAAAGGGCAAGGCUAGCGAACAAAUGACGAUAUUUGAGUCUGUUUUGAAAUGGAGAAAUGUUUUCGCAGAAACUGCUGACAGAGUAAACACUUUUGCAGAUUUGUAUGGGACAAAAGACACAAAUGUAUUGUCUCUUCAAUUCGCUUUCAAACUGCUGAUGCUACGGUGUUUUAGAACGAUUUUUUCAUAAGCCCAUUGCCUAUUCUUGUGGAUGGGGCCAAAAGGAUUUUUUUGGAUUCUCACCAAAUCUCCGUGAAACAUUCGUUUGCAUGCAUAAGAAAAUAGUUUGCAGAUAUUGAGAGAUCCCAUUAAAGUUUAUUUCCUGUAACGGUUUAUAUCUUUAAAGACCGCCUGAAUGCAUGAGAGCGUAUGUGCGUGUUGUUUUUGCAGGUAUGGUAUACCAUGUUUCAACUUUAAGAAAUGGUGUAGGUUCAAUCUAGUUUUCUAACUGUAUCUUUAAUGGGAAAAGAGAAUAUCCUUGAGCUCUGGUUAUAUCGUAACUAAAGAUAUGAUGAGAUUUUGACAUUGUGUGUACUGGCAAGGGUUCCUUGUGUUUUCAUUAACUUUGUGCUUUUAUUUUCAGGGCCUGGUCUGAAUAACCAGAGGUACCGCAAUCCCAUAGUUCCUCUAUGGCCUUGUUUUUUUUUUUUUUUCGUUUAUGUGAAAGAGGAGUUGUAUUUUCAUAAGCUUGACCACUAUAAUGAAGACUGUGUAAAAUGCCUUUGACUGCUCAUGUAAUGGCUCCCCUUUAAUAUUUACAGAAGUGAGUCAGAGUUUCAAAAACAAACGUUAGACUGAAACUCAUUGUCCGUGCAUGUGUUUACCGUGUUGUUCAUGAUAAAAGGUCUAUCCUGAAAGGACUGCGGGAAUACAGGAAUGCACUGCUAGCUACUUCAGCAUAACAUUUUUUUGUAAUUCAUUGCCCCUGUUAUUUUAAGAAAGCCAGCCAAAAGAGGAAACCUUGUCAAACUUUAGUGAUUCUAACAUAGUUAAUUUAUUUGUAAGCAAUGUUUUGAUGCUUUGAAUUGGGCAUUAUCUAGAUGUUUUAAACCAAAUAUGAGUAUACUUAGCAUUGUCUUCCCUUAGCUGCAGUGUAAGCUAUGUAGCAUACAGUAUAUCAAGCGUUAAAUAUUUAUGUGCUGUGGGGGAAAAAAAAUAACACAAUGGUCCUAUAAUUAGUUAUCUCUGUAUGGACAAUCUUGUACAGUCUGGCCUGUUUUUAUGUAAUAUAUAUAUAUAUAUAUAUAUAUAUAUAUAUAUAUAUAUAUAUAUAUAUAUAUAUAUAUAUAUAUAUAUAUAUAUAUGUUUGUCACAUUGAAACAUUAAAAUCAUUUUAUAAUUAUCAUAAAAUGAUAAAGCUCUUGUUCACCAGGUAUGAAAAUG